AGUCGCCGAUAUAUCGCCGCGCUGGCCGCAUUAAAAUCCGAGCUACGGACUUCGCUGUUUCGCCUCUUGUACGUGGGCUAACUUAAAACAAAAGUGGCUUGCGCAGCCGGCGCGCCUUGAAAGUGUGUGUGCGUGUUUAAAAAUAGUGUUAGUUAUUGGAGAGCUAUAUAUGUAUGUAAAUCAGUUAGGAGCAGUGUGGAAAGUGCAUUAUGAAUAUAUUUAUUUCCAAGGCUAAAAGUGUUAAAAGUUAACUCCCAGAAAUGCACACACGCAUACCAAUGCAAGCGAAAAGUUAAAGCGACGAUCAUUCAUUACUGCCUCUUCUUCUUCUUCCUCAUCUGCUCUUUGCGCCGUGUUUCGCUUACCUGUCAAAACGCGCGUGUAUUAGUGGGCUCCAUCGCUCCCUCUCAUUCGCUCUCUUUCGAUUUGCACAUGCAAAAAGGCAGCAGCAGCAAAAAAAACAACAACAUUAACUCCGUCUGAGAGCUUUAAAGCCGAAGUUCUCGACGCAGACGUCGGCGGCAGCAGCGCGGCAGCGGCGCAGCGGCAGCGAACAACUCGUACAGAUAGGGAAACUCCUUGAGCAAUGGCUUGCAGCAGAAGGAAAAUAAAAGUUUCUCUAAUUGAAAUGGAUUCACAAAAUUAGUUAAAACUCGCUGGAUCUCAAUUGCAUUGUUAUCGUUAUGCUGUACAGUAAAACAUGGCAAAGUCGACACUUUAUGCUGCUGGGGUGACCUGUCUGGGCUUUGUUUGCUUCGCCUUGGCAUCUGUGGCCAUUGGCAUACCCAUUUGGGGUUACUACGAUAGUCCAUCGGGCGGCUAUGACUUCGAUCGAGGUUAUUUUGGACCGUUUAAGGUCUGCAAGCAAUUGACGUAUAAUCGCGAGAAAUGCGGCAACGACGUGUCUAAGUUUAGGUUAAGCAAUGCAGUCUUUGUCAGUGGACUCCUGGCCAUUGGCAGCUCAGCUGUGCUGGGCAUCUUCUGCAUUCUGUCGGUCAUUCAACACGCGAUGAUCUCAUCCAGGGAGAAGGUGGUCAUGCCCUACACAACUCUAGUGAUAGUGAAGUUAAUGUUGGCAUUGCUGGGCGGUGUACUGGCCAUCAUAGCGACGGUUUUGUUUGCUCUGCAAAUUGACGAGCAGGAACGCUUUGGCUUCAAGAUAUCGCGCGGCAUUUCCUUCUAUAUACAGAUUGUGGCGAUUGUUCUGACCAUUUCGCUGUUCGUGGCCGCCCUGUACGAUGUGAUCUACUCGCGCAGCCCCGGCGGAGAUCCCACAAUGGCGCUGGAUGCCUCAUCUCCGGGCAGUGCCACCACGUUCAACAAUCCGGGCUUCAAGGAGCCGCGCAGUCGCAACGGCGUCUCGGUGACGGACGCCUCCGGAAAGCCCUACAGCGGAAUCCGGAAUGGAGCGGGAACGGCGGGCAGUGUGGCCUCCAUGAGCACCACGGUGACCAGCGUCUCCAAUGGCUCCACCCUCGACUCGGUGACGCGCUCGCCACUGCGAUCGAGUCUGAAGAAGCCGCGUCCCCGGCCGGAUCCAACGUUAGGCAUUCAAAAUCCGGGCUACUCUGGAUCCGGAAGUUCGCCACCCAUGCGGCGCAACGGAAGCGUGAAGAAAGUCCGCAUUCAGACGCACAGCACCGAGGUGUAAGAUGGUUUCAACCAACUAGAGUUAAGCCUUCAACAAGCAGCAAACGAAAAAAAAGCAAAACAAAAAAAUAUACAAAGACUGUGUACAGUAGCGAAAAGGACACAAAGAAAUGUUAAGACGGGAAAGAUGUAGUUGUUAGUUGUCCCUCAUUAAUUAAUUGAUAGUUUCCAACUGAAAACUGAGAAUUCUUUUCAUUUGUCUUCCAACAAGGA